AGCGGCGAGGAGCGCGCUCUCCUUGGGGCUGCGGGGAGAACGCCAAGGCCGCCCUGCACGGGCCAUGGCCGCCGCCGCGCCGCCACCGCCCCCCGAGGGCUCGCCCUGGCCCCUGAGUCUCCUGCCCGCGCCCCUGGGGCUGCUGAGGCUGGACCCCACCGGCGGCGCGCUGCUGCUGCUCGGCCUGGCCGCGCUGCUCGGGUGGAGCUGGGUGAGGCGGUGCCGGCCACAGGGCAUCCCUCCCGGGCCCACGCCCUGGCCGGUGGUGGGCAACUUCGGCUUCGUGCUGCUGCCGCCCUUCCUCCGCGGGAGGAGCUGGACCAAGUUCGGGAAGAAUAUCCCAGACUUAGACCCCUCCACGCCGGCCUCGCAGGUGCUGCUGACCAAUCUGGCCCGAGUCUAUGGCAACAUCUAUAGCUUCUUCGUGGGCCCCUACAUGGUGGUCGUCCUCAAUGACUUCCACAGCGUGCGCGAGGCGCUGGUGCAGCAGGCCGAGGCCUUCAGCGACCGUCCACAUAUGCCGCUGGUCUCCCAAGUGACCAAGGAGAAGGGGGUUGUAUUUGCACGUUAUGGUCCAGUCUGGAGACAACAGAGGAAGUUCUCUCAUUCAACUCUUCGUCAUUUUGGCUUAGGAAAGCUUAGCUUGGAGCCCAAGAUUAUUGAGGAGUUCAAAUAUGUGAAGGAGGAAAUGCAAAAACAUGGAGGAGACCCCUUCGAUCCUUUCCCCAUUGUCCACAAUGCCAUCUCCAAUAUCAUUUGCCUCAUGUGCUUUGGCCGGCGCUUUGAUUACACCAAUAGUGAGUUUAGGAAAAUGCUUAAUUUUAUAUCACGAGGGUUAGAGGUCUGUCUGAACAGCCAGCUCCAACUGGUCAACAUAUGUCCCUGGCUUUAUUACCUUCCCUUUGGACCAUUUAAGGAAUUCAGAGUCAUUGAAAAUGAUGUUCUCAAUUUCCUUAAAAGAAUCAUCAAAGAACAUCGAGAGUCUCUGGACGUUGAGAACCCUCGGGACUACAUAGACAUGUACCUUCUCCACGUGGAUGAAGAGAAGAAAAAUAAUAGCAAUAGUAGUUUUAAUGAAGAUUACUUACUUUAUAUCAUCAGUGAUCUCUUCGUUGCUGGGACUGAUACCACGAGUAACUCUUUGCUUUGGUGCCUUCUGUAUAUGUCACUGAACCCUGACAUACAAGAAAAGGUCCACGAGGAAAUUGAAAGGGUCAUUGGUGCUGACCGAGUCCCUUCCUUCACUGACAAGGCCCAGAUGCCCUACACAGAAGCCACCAUCAUGGAGGUGCAGAGGCUGACUAUGGUAGUGCCGCUUUCCAUUCCACAUAUGACCUCGGAGAAAACAGUGCUCCAAGGGUAUACUAUUCCUAAAGGCACAGUGAUAGUACCCAACUUGUGGGCAGUGCACAGAGAUCCAGCCAUUUGGGAGAAACCUAAUGAUUUCAACCCUAAUCGAUUUCUGGAUGAUCAAGGACAACUUAUUAAAAGAGAAACAUUUAUUCCUUUUGGGAUAGGGAAGCGGGUGUGUAUGGGAGAGCAGCUGGCAAAGAUGGAACUAUUCCUGACGUUUGUGAGCCUGAUGCAGAGUUUCACAUUCGCUUUACCUAAGGAUUCUCAGAAGCCCCUUCUGACAGGAAAAUAUGGUCUAACUUUAGCCCCACAUCCAUUUAAUAUAAUCAUUUCAAAGAGAUAAAGAACAUCUCUGAAAGGAGAUGGUGAACAGGAUGUAAAUACAUGUCUUUCUAAACACAUUCUUCUUUCUACACUUGACAGCGGAUCCAGCAACUUAGUGGAUCCAGGGUAGGCUCAGGUUAGAGACUAAAAAGAGGGUAGAACAUAUGGGAGCUUUCAUCUCGGGGCUCCUCAGCAGGAUACUUCAGCCUUUUUAGUAACGCUUGUCUGUGAUUUAGGGAAUGGGACUAGAGGACUGGAUUGGGAAGCAGGAGAUUUGGAUUUUAUUCCCAGUGGCUUCUACCAGGGAGCAUUUCUUCUCAUCUCAGUGCCUUAGUCAUUUCAUGUGGUAACAAAACUUGCCUUCUCUCUCUCAGCACUAACAAAGGUCAAAUGCCCUAUAUCUUUCCUAGCAUCACCAAAACACUGUUAAGUUCUGAAGAACAAAUUUAGGAAUAGAACAUGAAAGUGGAGCUCAGACUUGAAUACUUUGUCAGAAAAGGAUGUGAGUUCAGGCUGAGUUAGAGCUUUUCUUGCCACAGAUCUUAUGCCAGUUGAGGGGUGGGGUGGGGUGGUGUUGUUCUUGUUAAUCUUUUUAUGAUUUUAGUUUUUACUUUUUGUAGACAUGGGAGGAAGUGGACCCUGGUCCAGUAAUGUUGAGGAAAGGUCAUAGUCUGAAUUUAUAUGUCUACCUUCCAUUUCAACUACAUAACAGUCAGACUAGCUGAAGACGUGGCUUCAUGGCAGAAUUCCUUCCUGCUGAGUUUACUUGCAAAGAUAUAGCUCUACCUUUUGACUUGAGUCCUAAAUAGUGAGCUUGGGAAUUCUGAUACUAGGAUUCAGGUUGUAGUGAAUUCUUUCCUAUUCUCCCUGCCACCAGGCCUAAUGUAUCUCAUCCUUAAAUACCGUCUAAGACAGUAAGAAAUUCUUAUUCGUAUUAAAAUAACUAAAUUGUUUCUUAAUAAAGAAGGCCCCUCAAGAAGAGCAGUUCUCAAGAAAGGUAACGGCCUCUUUCAGGGGGUGUUUGUAAAUGUAUGGGUGUAUUUUUGGUUAUCACAACGAUGGGGGUGCUACUGGCCUUUUGCUGCCUUAAGGCCCGGAUGCCAAAGGUCUGAGCAAUUCUGUACAAGAACUGUCCUGCCCAGUAUGCCAGUAUUGCUCCCAGUGAGAACACAGUCCAAAGAAUGGUGAGCCUUUUCCUUUAUUCAUCCAUAGUACUCCUUCCUUAUAUAGAAGUAAUCAUGAUAAUAAUACAAACAACUCUAUUUUUUAGCUUUUCCUCCUGCUGGUACCAUAGUCAAUGCUUUACUUGUAGGCAUACAUAAUCCUUACAGAUUAUUAAGAGGAUGCCAUUUUGUAGCUGAUAAAGCCAAAGCUUAGAUGUUUAGGUACCUAGUGAAAAGGCUCAUUUCAAAUUUACCAGUCUUUGUGCCAGUCUCUCUAAACCACUUCUCUGUACUGCCACCACUUGAUCCCUAGCAGUUUACCCCUCUGCAUUUUCAAUAUGGACAAAUGAAACAUAGGCUAAUCUUUAGGUGCCUUGAGGAUUUUUUGUUAAUUAAAAAAGAAAACACAACUAAUAAAUGAAGUGCCCAGGAACAAACUGUAAGUAGAUGGAGAGGCUGUGGUAUGGAUUUUAGAUAAGAUACAUGUGUGGAUUAAAGUGCACCUUGAGCAGGACAGUUUGUUCCUGAUCUGGAAUUUUUUAGGCUUUUGAAUUGCACUAGUAAUUUGGGAUUAACAAGUUUAUUACUCCUUAAUUUUAUAAAUGCUUAAUUUCAACUUUCCUAACAAAACAGUUCAUAGCUUACUUGAGGGGAAAAAGUGUUUUAUGUGUGACUAUGUUGAAAUCAGAUGUUUAUUAAACUCUUAAAUAUAAUAUCUCACAGUGUAGCACUUUAAAAACAGCUUUAUAUGGCUAGUCACCAAAAAGGCUAUUAAUGCUUUCCUUGCACAUGUUGACAUUUUACGAUUUUAUACUUUAUGAUUUGUUGAAAUGUAAAAACUGUAAUACUUUGUUUUAUAAAUUUGCCUAAUAUCUAAUUUUUAGUCUUCAUCUUUAGCAUAAUUUUUAUGCUUUUAUUAAACAUUUUAGUUUCACUUUGAUAGA